GAGCUACUUCUUAACACCCGCUUUCAAGUCUCAUUAACCUUCUUUCAAAUCCUCUCAUUGUAGCGUGGUCAAGUGUCUCUGAUACACGUUCGCCCGUCAUGUCCGAGUCGGCCUAUACCAUCGUCCUCCACGGUAACGACGCGACCGGGAAAUCUACUCUCGCCCCCGCCCUCAAGGCGGCCGGUCAAAUUGUCUAUGCACGUGGAGAUGAGGACCCGACACUUGAGGAUGCACUCGUCGUUCGGUCUUUCGACAAACUCACGUUGCAACUUGCCAGUGACGACCGUGGUCCUCUCCCCACAUCGUAUACAGACAAGGAUGGAGUUCACCGCAGAAUUGUGCGAAUUAUCCUUGAUGCUGAUCUUCCCGUCCUCCAAGCGCGGCUUGCGAAACGGCCAAGCACAGAUAAAUGGGAGUCUGAAAAAUCCCUCUUCUACUUCCGUGCGCGGUUUCUGGAACUAGCAGCAUUCUACGGCCUGCCCGUUGUGGAUACUGGAAAGAACGGCGUGGAAAAGAGUGUCUCUGACAUAAUUGCCCUCGCCCGCAAUCCAGAGGUCCUCGCGCUCUUCUCAAAGCUUGCUUUGCGCACACUGACCCCCGAGGACGUGGCGUCCUUGGCCAAUCGUCGUGCGGUGGUGCCGGGUGUGGACUACGCGAAGCGGUUGGAAGAACUCGUCGCUGCUGAGUGCGGUGAGACCUCAAUCUUCACCCCCGAAGACGUUCGCAGUCAAUGCUCUCGAGACCCGGGCCUGGUACAUGCACUUGUGAACCAAUACGACAAUCUACAUGACGGGAAAGCACCACUGCGCCUUCGUCUAAUCGUUGAGGGUGAGUCGAAGCAGAUCUACAAAGUCGAGACGUCCCAAACCCGCGCCUUCGAUGAUCAGGUUCUUGUCUUCCUGAAGCCGACCAUCUAUUCGCACAGCAAGCAGGCAACGGCAGAGAUUACAGGUCUCAGUGCAAUCCGUGCUGCCGGCUCCCGUCUCUUCCUUGAGAUGCUCCAUCGGGCAGGCCUUAGCCACACAUACAAAGGCCUGAACGCGCAUGGGCUCAUUUGGGCGCACAGCACCGAAAUUACACAGAUCGAGACUGUAUACAAGGAACGUUGCUUGGGUACAGACAAACAUUCCUUCUUUGACAUUGUUAACCACCCCGGUGUCACAUUGCCGACAGGCCAGUAUAGACGUGGGCCAUACGUUCGCUUCGACUGGCGGAACCCGAACCACACGUACAAGGGCGUCAAUCCUGCGACGCACCCGUUCUACCACCUCAUGGAAGCGUCGGUCGGUAAGGAUGUCUUCUAUAACGACUACCUCACUGCACGGGCAACGCCGUUUGGGGAUAAGUGCGUGCCCGAGGAGCUCGUACAUGGCGUACAGGACGUCGAGGCAACUGUGGACAGCACCCUGCGAAUCUUCUUCACGAUGCAGUACUACCUUCAUCAGAUCGGGCUUGAAGUGCAGGACGGAUGCAUCAUGCUCGAUCCGAAGGGGCGUACGAUGUGGUCUGAGAUCAACCAGGACUGCAUGCGCAUCAAGCAACGCGAGACCGUUAAUACGAACGGCCAAGCUGUAUAUGACAAGGAUAUCUGGCGCGCAGGCGGUAGCUCCGUAAAAGGCAGCAUCCUCGAGAAGUGGACACAGCUCAACAGCCUCCUCCGCCAGCACCUCGUUGGCCGCCCGUUCCACGAGCACGAGAUGAUUGCCCCGAACGAGCCAUACGGCCUGCACGCGCAGCAGGUGCUCGCGGAUAACACACUUACACUCACGCCGCGCUAUCGGGCUAUAUAUGAGCGUCUUGCCACGCAUGAUCGCUCGCGCCUGCGGUCUGUGUCAGCGGCGGAAGACAUUGACGCUCCCGAGCGUCUGCUUGCACUCAUGGAGGCGCAAAUCUGGCAGCUUACCGCUGCCGUACCGCCGCACAAUUCGUACAAGGAAGCCAGUUCCAUGCUCCAGCUCGUGAACACCUACGCGCGUAAAGCCGGGUUGACCUCUGAACAGGUGAGCGCAAUCCACGGCGCGGACGCGGACGCGAUGCUUGCACAAGCCGUCUCACCGCCGGGAUCCAAGGCCAUCGGCGUGACGGCGGAAAAGUACGAAGACAGAACAGACGACUUCAUGCUUACCUGCCUUGGAGUAAAGCUGGUGCGCCCAACGGGCCGCAGCCUGCGUGUGAACUACGAGAUCGUCGACGCGGCUAAGUUCGCGAAAGCAUUCGGCGAGGGGGUCAGCGUGCACUUCGUAUGUGCCAGACCAAAGGACAUGCCUGGGCUGCUCACGCAAGGUGCGCUUGACGGUACCGUGACAUAUAGCGUAGUUAUGGACAACUUCCCCACUGUUGCGCGGCCUGUUGUUUCUGCCCCACAGCCCGACAUUUCGCUCGCACUCAUUGGCCGUCGUGGCCAACACAUUGACCCGCGCGCGUGGACAGCAGACCGUCCCGCGCGCAUCGUCGCAGAGCAUCCACGCAUGGUGCGAACGUAUCUUGCCAGCAUUGACGUCCCAGAGGAUACAUACAGGAUCCAACGCGUGCUCGGGGCCUCUGAGUCCUAUUUGGUCAACGAUCCAUGCGAGACAUUUCUUCUCUGCGAUGCUAUCGUGAUCAGCGGGGGAACUCUUAAAGCGAACGACCUUGAGGUCUGGCGGGUGAUUCUAAGCAAGGGGGAUGUCGCUAUCGGCCUAUAUCAGCGACAGUAGGUACCUAGUCUGGUGGAUAGCUAGCGAGCGUACGAAGCACAGUGUCCGUGUGCUAGUUGCGUACGUAUAGUAACUGCGCAACCAGCGCACAGACACUGUAGUUGAAUAAAGAAAUUAUUGAUUAGUGUCUCAAUACCGCAGUGAAACCCUCGGGUUGUACCAAUAACAAUAUUAUCAUCCCUGAGAACCAAAUGGAC